UUGGUUGGACAACUGAAUGAAUCCGGCGUUGGUGCAGUGCAUGCGUUUAUUUUUCCUGCCAGGUACAGCGAAUAAGAGAAGGAGAACGCGUAUCAGGCCAACUUAUCUGUUUUAGCAUAUAUGCAGCACGCUGUUGUCAGUUUAUCUGUAUAAUACACACUUGACUAAGCCCCCAACGUUGUCUGACUCCGCGUUUAAAUUCAGUUGUUCCACGAAGUAACUGUUGUCCUACCAGGCGUGCUGCUUCUUACUGACUAAAUCCCAUAGUUGGACAGAGGACGUCUCGGUGAAAGGUGGUCAAAAUGUCUGUUGACUGGGCUGGAUAUGGCUACGCAGCCCUUGUUGCAUCAGGUGGAAUCAUGGGUUAUGUAAAAGCAGGCAGUGUCCCCUCCCUGGCAGCUGGUCUUCUCUUCGGGGGAGUAGCAGGGAUAGGCGCAUACCGGGUAUCUCAGAACCCAAAGGAUGUUUGGGUCUCUCUAGCUGCUUCUGGAACCCUGGCCGGCAUUAUGGGAAUGAGGUUUUUCAAAUCGAGGAAGUUCAUGCCAGCUGGCCUCAUGGCCACAGCGAGUGUCCUGAUGGUGGGAAAGAUUGGGAUGGGUAUGCUACAGAAGCCCCACGAACCAUAAUGAACAUCUAAAAAAGCCACCCUUCAACACUGGUAUAAAAUCAUGUUGUUCAUUUCCCUUCAGUCAUAAUUUUUCUUUCAGGAGCUGCCUGUCUUCACAGUGAAAUGUAGUGGAACUUAUUUUGUUCAAAAAUGUGAAAUAAAAUGACUAUUUCUACAGUAAUUGUUUCUCUUUCAGAAAAUGAAACCUUUUGGGAUCGUGCUGGUUGUCGGAGUAUGUUCCAUUGCAUUGAUUCAUGUAGACACAAAUACCAACACUUUAGAGUGACUGCUCUCAAUUUAAUACGUGCCUAGUAGACAAAUGUUUUCAUCAUUUGUAAGGAUUUAUUUACAUAAACAAUAUAUUUUGA